GGUAUGGAAUGGACUUGGACCACUUGGGGUCUGCACUGAGUGGACGAGCCCCCCUGAUGCGGGACUCUCGUCUGGGUUUGAAGCCUGGGCUUUCGUGGAGAUUCAUCAUAUGUAGUCUUUCCUCCUACCUUCAUUACUGCAUCUUUGGGGCACCGGAGGGAAAGGGUGAUUUUUAAUACUGUCCACCGGAGGGAAAGGGUGAUUUUUAAUAAUAUCCAUCCCUCUCACUAGUAAUUUCUAGGUUACAGGGAAAAACAUUAAAAAAAAAACUCGUUAAGCUUCGUGCAGCUAGAGUGAUCUAGAUCGCCGUGAAAGACUGGAUGAAGCAAACUUUAAUAAUGUGUCCCUGACAGUGGUACCCAGGCGUGGACCAGGAUAGAAGAGAGGCACAACUUGGAUUCUGCAUCCGAUGAAGUUCAGAAGAGUCAUUUACUGCCUAUUAUGGGGAAGAGAAUUGGGAAUUGAGUUCAGUGUAUCUUGUUUCUCCCACCUCUCAGCACCCCAUUUUCCUCUCUGUACAAAACUGGAGGAUUUUGGAAAUACUAUCUAGUCUUCAAAUCGCAAGCAUCCAGACCCCCGAGCUCCAGUAUUUCUAAAUUUGUGCUUAUUUCUCGCCUCGGUGGAGUCUAUCCGAAUGCUUUCCCCUAGCUUUAGUGAAAGUUAUCUGUUGUUUGUCACAGCUGCCCUAGAUUGGCCCCUUUCUGCUUUAUAGCGUGCCAGCCUUUUACAGUGCUGAAGGCCAGGGACAAGUUGGAGCUGUUGAUCUGUUGCGCAAUUGUUAUUUUCCCCAGGGCUGCUUUGUCUUUGGAUUUAGCUUUUCAGAUUGUAAUUCUAAAAUGUAUAAAUCAGGAUAUGCUCAAUUUUGUGCUGCCAAGGGUAAGGGAUGCAAUCUUAGAAUAGAAAUUGUAUUUUUUUGUAUAAAAUAAUGUUUGCUUAAAUAUUAAAAAUUGUACUUAAAAUUAUUUAUCUAGUUUUCUUUACCUUGAGUGUCUUUUUACCCACCACCAUCUCCUUUAGAGAAUUUCUCCGUUUUCGCGCUGCCUUUUUUUCUAACGGCAUAUGGUGGGAUUCUUGUGUUUCAUAGUGAUCUUUUUGCUAGCAAGUUACGUAGUCUGAGAAGAAUUGGAAGACAUGAAUUUAAUUGACAUCCUCUGGAGACAAGAUAUAGAUCUUGGAGCAAGACGAGAAGUGUUUGACUUCAGUCAAAGGCGGAAAGAGCAUGAGCUGGAAAAACAAAAGAAACUUGAAAAAGAAAGACAAGAACAACUCCAGAAAGAACAAGAGAAAGCCUUUCUGGCUCAACUGCAGCUAGACGAAGAAACAGGUGAAUUCCUCCCAAUUCAGCCAGCCCAGCACAUUGAGCCUAGCACAUCUGCCAGCUACUCACAAGCUGCUGACAUCCCCAAAGCAGAUGCUCUGUUCUUUGAUGACUGCAUGCAGCUUUUGGCAGAGACCUUCCCAUUUGUAGAAGAUAAUGAGGUUUCUUCAGCCACAUUUCAGUCACUUGUUCCAGAUCACAUUGACAGCAACCCAGUCUUCAUUACUUCCAGUCAAGCUCAGCUCCCUGAAUCGUCUGUCCUUCAGUCUAUAGUAGAAAACAACAUGCAGGAUAUCGAGCAAGUGUGGGAGGAGCUGUUGUCUAUUCCAGAGUUACAGUGUCUUAAUAUUGAAAAUGACAAGUUGGCUGAGGCUACCAUAGUUCCAAGUCCUGAAGCAAAACCGACAGAAAUCAAUGACAGUUACAAUUUCUACACUUCCCUCUCCACGAUGGAAAAAGAAGUAGCUACCUGCAAUCCAGAUUUCCUCAGUGCUUUUGAGGACUCCUUUGGCAACAUCCUUCCCACAGAAGACCCUAACCAGUUGAGAAUGAACUCUUUAAAUUCAAAUGCCACAAUAAACACUGAUUUUUGCGAGGAAUUUUACUCAACUUUCAUAGCAGAAACAAACAUAAACAACAGUAUGCCUUCCCCCGCCCACAUCAGCCAGUCACUUUCAGAACUCUUAAAUGAGCCCAUUGAUAUUUCUGACCUUUCACUCUGUAAGGCCUUUAACAGCAACCCUCCUGAAAACCCCCCAGAAUGUAAUGAUUCUGACUCAGGCAUUUCUUUGAACACUAGCUCUAACAUGGCAUCACCAGAACAUUCAGUGGAGUCAUCCCUCUAUGGAGACACGCCACUGGGCUUCAGUGAUUCUGAAAUGGAAGAUGUUGACAGUGCUCCUGGAAGCACACAGCAGAGCGGAGCCAGGAUGCAGCCAGUGCCAUUUCAGGAGGACAUGCCCUAUCCAGUGUCUCCCACUCAGGGGCCAACCGUUCCUGCGCCUGAUGCUCUGCAGAGUGUAAGCACGCCAAAGAGAGAGUCGCCCACCAGUCCUGGUCACCAGAAAGUCCCAUUUACAAAAGACAAACAUUCAGGCCGCUUAGAAUCCCAUUUCACGAGAGAUGAGAUGAGAGCAAAGGCUCUUCAUAUCCCUUUCCCUGUAGAAAAGAUUAUUAACCUUCCUGUGGAUGACUUCAAUGAAAUGAUGUCAAAAGAGCAGUUUAAUGAGGCCCAACUUGCACUUAUUCGAGAUAUUCGUAGGCGGGGCAAAAACAAGGUGGCUGCUCAGAACUGCAGGAAAAGAAAACUGGAAAACAUAGUGGAACUGGAGCAAGAUUUGGAUCAUUUAAAAGAUGAAAAGGAAAAGCUGCUCAGAGAAAGAGGAGAAAAUGACAAAAGCCUCCAUCUACUGAAAAAACAGCUCAGCACCUUGUAUCUUGAGGUGUUCAGCAUGCUACGAGAUGAAAAUGGAGAGCCCUACUCCCCUAGUGAGUAUUCCCUGCAGCAAACAAGGGAUGGUAACGUGUUCCUCGUUCCCAAAAGCAAGAAACCUGACAUUAAGAGAAAUUAGGUUUGGGAACAUUUGAUCUUUACUGAGGUAGUGUUUUUGUACUGUUUUACUAAAAGCUCCUGCUGUGAUGUGAAAUACAUAAUUGAUAUUUUAUAAAAAAAAUUCUAUGCAAGUAUAUAUCCAAAAUAGUCUAGAAAUUGCACACAGUAUAAAAGCAUUAAAAUAAUAAAAUGCAUAUAUGUAUAUGCAGAAUCUAUAGUCUCACUUUAACAGCAAAUAUUUCCUUGUUGCACCUUUUGGGCUAGUUUCUGUAUAAGUGUAAAUAGUGCAAACUUCUUAUUUAUACUGUUCCUAUCUCAUUUGUUAUAUUCAUAGAUUUAUAUGAAAAUAUGAUUUAGCUUACCCUAAAUAGUUUGUUGCAAGACUAACCACAAGUGCCUUUUUAUAAAUACUCUUAUGAUCUGAAAGUGUCAUUUUCUUAUGUAGUUAUUUUGCUUUACAUAAAAAUUUAAUUUAGCAAAAAAAGCUAAUACCAAUAAAGAUAUAAAACUUAA